AUGGAUCUGAAAGGAGCCAUUAGGUUCUCGACUGACAGUGCCAACUUUCUUUCAUGCAGUGUAGUUGCUGAUGCUGAAAAACACUAUCUUUACGUCUAUUCAACAAGCAAUUGGCAAAUGAUUCGGAACAUGAACAUUGACAUAUAUGUUAAUGAUCUUCGAACUGCAUCGCAUCCUUGGACGCAAGUUGAAUCAGUAAAAAGUUCACUACACGGUGAGCUUUUUGUGAGCAUCGAAAAAUUGGACGUCCUAUCAUUCUUGUCUAUACCGGAACACAAGCCACCGGUCCGUUGUCAAAGCAGUCAUUUUGUAGACGUCGAUGCAAGGCAAACCAUCUUUGCCCUCUCUCCUAACGGAAAAAUGCUCGCAACCUGGACUCCAACUGAAAGGCUUGUCAUUUUUUUAUGUGAAUACGGUAUCUUAUUCUCGGAUUCGAUGGCCCCAAAAGAACAUUUAGGCGAUCGUAGUAAAUCAGUGAGAAAGUUAGUAUGGAUUGGGGACAAACAUGUAAUGAUUGUCAAUGCGGACGGCGGAACAAAAUGGGAUAUUUAUACAUAUGACCUUAUCAGUGAAUACGAUAAGUUUGGGAAGAUGCCCAUCUUUAAAUCUACAGGAGAAGACGUCUAUGCUAACUGUGAUAACAACAUUCCGGAGAUCAAGGAGUUAGACGACCCAGACCUAACAGAUUCAUUCGAUGAAAGUAUAGAGCGGUUGGAAGGAACGACAAAACUGUGUAAAUAUGAUGGCAUAACGCUUUAUGAAACAGGCAUAAAGUAUGUUAAUGGCGGGAAUCAGGACAAACUGCAUCACAUUGUUGAAUUUAUAAUAGAACCGUGGUACUUUCCGCACAAUCGAACUACAACAAUAUUUCUGCUAGACGAUUACAAUAAGCGAGUACUUCUUUUCGGUAAACAAACAAUACAGGUGUGGAACUUUGCAUCUAGAGAACCAAACUUACAAUACAUUUGGUGCAAACCAAUAUCUGCAAUAAAUUACAGUAUUGACAAACCUUCGCUAGGUAGAGAUAAGAAAGGAAAUUUUAUUCUCAAAUUUCAAUGUAUUGUCGAGGGCUCCAGUGAAGAGCUGAUACUAUCGCUACGUCCAACCCAAUUCGAAACAACUUUACAUGCAUUGUAUGCCCGUAAAUUUCUGGAAUCCAAAGACCAUGGUCCGAGUCACGGAUUGCACCAUUCUAAGCUAUUGAAACAAUGCGAAGAGAUAGUUUACAGUACCAUCCGUACCAACGCUAAAAUCUUUAAUGCGAAUGUAGAUGAUAGAUCCAUGGUGCACUUACUGAUUGAUUUAGAUAGCGCGUUUGCAGAUUCAAUGUUAGAAGAGCUAUUACAAAAGGACGUUUAUAUCCCGCUGUUUUACGAAAACAAAAAGUCUGAUAAAAACAAAGAGUCUGACGAAAACAAAGAGUCUGCUCUCUCAUGCGCUAUAUUAAAAGGAAAAGCAGAAGUGGUUCGUCUGCUAUUAAAGUACUACUGCCGCAGAACCGAAGAAAAGGCGAAAGGAAAGCCGGAAUUUUGGACGCUGACUGUUGUUCCUGUGUUUAAAAAAUUGAUAACGAAAUAUCCGGACUCCGCCUUGGAAUUAAUUAAAUCUAUAAGCGAUUUACCAUUGUACGAGAAAAUUAUAUUAAUAUGGAGUAACCAAAAGGAUUUACAUGCUUUUACCCCUGAGACAGAUGAAAUGCACGAGAAGGCCUCAUUCUUGGACAUAUCAAGUGAAUUAGCAUUUUUUUUGCGAUCGUUUUUCAUGAGCGCGCCAAGGAAAACAGAUGAAAUCGAUGAGGCAAAUAAGGUAGUGUGA